CGGCAAAAACCCGAACCUGAUUCCUCUUCAAAAACCCAUCUCUCCUCCUUCCAAUCGAUCUUCAUUUUUUCUCUCGGUUAUCCUUGUACAUUGCAAUGGGUAUUUUUUAACCCCAAUUUCCAUCCCAAAUACCCCCCAAAAGAGAAAUCUCCCACACCCAUCUCUCCUUCAUGGAAGGAGAAAACAGAGCCAGCGAAAAGCCCUCUAUUUUCAAAAAUCUCGGCACCUCAACCUUCGAUUUCCUAUCAAAAUCGUAUAUUUUCUUCUGUUCAUUCCUUUCUAAUCAAAAUCCCCUGCUUUCGAUCUUCGUCGCAUUCUACACUCUUAUCCUUCUCUAUCUUCCCCAUCUCUUCCUUUCUCUGUUUUUCUCCCCUGUUUUGAUUUUUACUGUGAUUCUUUUAGUUUCCCUUCUCCAUUUGGGAGCUUCCCAAAACACCCAACUCGAAAAAGACGAGAUUUUUGAGCCGGAGAUCGAGAAGGCGGACUCGGAAGACGAAGAUCCUAUCUGGGUCGGGCCCGAAACCGCUACAGAGACCAAUACCGAUUCGAUAUCCGUGCAAAAGCCCCAUUUUUCGGAGUCGUUCGUGGAAUGGAGUCGGAAAGGGCCGCUGGAAGUCAUAUACGAGGAAUACGAGGGCGAGGAGGAAGAUUCACCGGAGAACGACCGCCGGAUGGUGUCGCUGUCGUUCUACUACACGGAUUCCGACUCGUCGGAGGGGGAAUUUCCGUCGGGAUUCCAGGCAUGGGAUUCGCCGGAGAGCCUUUCUUUCAGGUGGGAGGAUGACAGGGAGGAGGGGUUGAUCGAGAUCCCUUUGGGAGGGAAAGGGACGGUCGGAUUUCACGUAGAGGAGGAGAAUCUGAUCGAGAUCGAUCUUUCGGUCGCUGGGAAGUAGGAAAUUUCCGGCCGGUUGGUGUCAGAUUUCCGGCUGAUUUGGAUUACAUAGAGGUAAUCUGGUGAUUAAUUACUGAAAGGAUGUGUGAUGUUAGACACUUGUUUAUUAAAGAUUGGGACCGCUAGUCUGGUGGGCCACACCUUCGAUGGGCCGUAUUUCAAAAAGGACAUCAGGGUAGGCAAAUCUGACCACCUGAUCUGAAGAUUUUUGGCACGUUUAUUGUGAACCAUUGGUUGUAUUUUUAUUAACCAUCAAUAUGUAUUCAUCAAAGUCCUUCAAUCAAACGGUUAGGAUUCUCUGA